UGUCUCUGAGUCGGUUUGCUGUCAACAACUGUCUCUGUUUUGCGUGUCUCUGCUCAUAGGUCUGUAACCGUUUCUUUGUCCGCCAGUCUUGCUGUGACCCUCUGUGUUUUUCUCCCUCCCUCUCUCUGUGUGUCCCUCUCUCUGUGAGUGAUGUGAGGCCGGGCUGGGGGCAGUCGCAGCCGUGUCCUCUCUCGCCCUCAUUGGUUCGCGGCCGCUCCCCGGGGGCAGCCGCUACCAGUCCCGCCCCCCGCCCAGGACCUGAGCGCACUCAGAGCCGCCUCAGAUCUCCGUCUCCUGCUCAAGGCAGGAGCGCAGCCGCCAAAGCGAGUGGGGACAGGCUUGCCGCACACCGAGCAUCUUGACAGGGACUCAAGGCUGCCGGACUGCUCGGAGCCCGGCGGCUGCGGCGGCGGAGGACGCGGAGGACUCCCCGCCACCCGCCCUCGGUGCACUAGUGUCCCGGGCGCUGAGCCUGCACACCGAGCUGCAGCCGCACUCACCAGGCACCUCGCGCCGCCGCUGCAGCCCAGAGGCGCCCUGGAGACCGGAGCUCACCGGAGCUGGGGGUCCGAGCUGAGAGGGCGACUGUAAAACCGCGAGACGGGUGACUCCGAACCGCGGGUGGGGACGGCGAGAAACAGGGAAGGCCCGGGGGUCGCGGGCGCGGGGCCGUCCAGCUCCGAGCCCUGGGGUCUGCCGCCCCGCGGGGAAGGCACCUGAGCGCAGAGGCGAGGGAGCGGCCGCGGCCGGGGGCUCUGGGCCCCAGCGGACCCGAAGGCACCGACUCCCAGUUGGUUGCGCGCAGCAGGGCGGGAGGGGCGCACCAUGGAGGCGCCGGGUGGCGCCGGUCCGCGCGAGGCGAAGUGAGGCGGCCGGGCUGAGUCGGCGGACCCACGGGCCAUGUACGGCGACGUGUUCAACACCACGGGCGGCCCCGAGGCGGCGGUAGGCGGCGCGCUGGCUCUGGCAGCCACGGUCAAGGCAGAGGGCGCUUUGCCGCUGGAGCUGGCCACGGCGCGCGGGAUGCGGGACGGCGCGGCCACGAAGCCCGACCUGCCCACCUACCUGCUGCUCUUCUUCCUGUUGCUGCUCUCCGUGGCGCUCGUCGUCCUCUUCAUCGGCUGCCAGCUGCGCCACUCGGCCUUCGCAGCGCUGCCCCACGACCGCUCGCUGCGCGACGCCCGCGCGCCCUGGAAAAUGAGGCCAGUGUAGCGGCGGAGCCAGCCAGGGCCGGCGGGCGCCGUGUCCCGGUCUCGCCACGAGCAAUCGGUACGAGCCGGUCAGGGCGGGCCUGACGCUGGGGGGUCGCUGGCCCGUGGGAACACUGCGCCCUGACCCAAAGAACCUUCCUGACCUCGAGCGGCAACCUGGACGUAAAAGGAGUCGGAGGCGUUAGGAGGCUGCACAGGGUCCGGAUCCUAGUGGCCGCGGGGUACCAAGGUUCUAAUCCCCUGGCUGAGUCUUUCUUCCCCCGGACAGCGGGUCCAGCUGGGUAGCCUUCCUGAAAGACGGCGCGCCCACCCCGACACAGGAGCCUUCCUCGCCACCUGCUGACUUCCUUACUUUGCGCACGGAAGGGGCAGGCACGACGAGAGAGCAACUAGCUGGGACCUGCCCUGUCCGGACUCCCUGGCCCCGUGGCUGUCUUCCCUCGGCUGCUAUCGCCUCUCCCACUCUGGCACCGAGGACGCCGUUAGUAUCCGAGCGUGAACUCAGCCGGACUUUGGAAUGAUGGCCUUCGGGGGCCGUGUCCCCCAGGGGAAGUGAGGGGACGCAGAGUUUCAAUAGGUCCCGCCCGGGUCCAAGGACCCAGUUUUCUCUGCGGGCACGGGCGGAGGGGAGGCCAGUCUCGAGGCACAGGGUCUUACCUGCAGCACCCCGUGGUCGGGGAGCCGCGUCCCACAUCUGCAGGGGCCGCCUGUCUACAAUAAAACCUCACGGAAUUAGUCUCAGUGCUGAGAAUGCUCUGGUCAUUGGUUGGACCACUUUGGAAAGGGGGAUAAGAGCAGGGCGAUCCUGAGCAGGCUGAGACCCAAGCGCAAUGUGCCUCUCACCCUGCCCCACCCCAGGUCAGUUUUAGUGAUACUUCCUCCUCUCCAGCUUUUUCCCUAGGAUCAGCUACUUGCUCUGGGAGGUGUUUCCAGAUCCCGUCUCCAGGAGGAAUUGCUGCCUCAUCUGAAAAAAUUCCCUGUAAGGGAGCUCCGUGGAGACCUUCCCUGUGGGGCAGUUCUUUCCACCUGGCGUCUUCCCCUUUGCUCUCAGAGCCUCCCUGGGUCUAAACCCUUCCAAGAGCCAUUUCUGGACCAGAACCAUCUGGUGAAGGAAGGGCCUGAAGUUCAGGUGAUGGGGGCAGCUGCUCAACACUUUUCCCAAAGUAGGCAGGAGGCCAGCUCUGGAGAACACAGUGGGAAAGCAAUGGACCAAUAAACCCAGCUAGGAAAAGACCAUUUCAAAGAACCUGAGAGGGAAUAGAAAGAUUUGUGAUAACCUUGACCAUUUUCAAAGUUAAUCUAAUUCCAGGGAGUCUUCUUUAUGGGGGUUUAAAAUAAUUUCGGGAGUCACCUGGCUAAGUACGGCACUAGAGCUUGGAGAAUGUUUGACUAAAAAAUGAUUUGCUACAUUAUCUAAUCCAGUAGUUCAAAAGCAUUUAGGGGUCACUUGGGUUUUGAGAAUCUGAAGAAUGCUAAGGAUGCUUUCCUCUGGCAAAACGCAUACAGGCACACAAUUCUACAAAACCUUUUGUAAGGGUGGUCAGACACUGAAACAGUCUAAGGACCCAAGCUGAAGCUGGGGAAACUCGCUAGGGCUCUCAGGCAGGGCUCCCACACCACAUCUCCUCAGCCAGUGCCCAAGAUGCCUUCCUGGCUCUUCGCCCAUGAAGCAGCAGGGAUGAGAGGUAGGUGUUUCACCUUGGGCUUGAUUACCCAGGUCUUGGAGAGCUCAUACCAGCCAAGCCCUCAUGGUGCUAAUUCUAUAACCACACAGGACAUUUUCGUUUGGUCUUUGGAAAUGUCGCCAAACCGCUCCAGCCUAUAGUAAUGGUAACCCAGCUAAUCUGUGUGACCCUUUGUUGCAGGGACGACUACAUAGAAUAAAUGUAAGGAGAUAUGAGGGCCGCUGGCUGGCAUAAUGAAAUCACACACUGCUGAUAUGGGGGACCCUUGAGCCUUGAUCUGGGGGCUGUGUGGGGAAGGAGACUAAUAUAGAGGCCGGGUGCUCCUCCUCCACAUCUCCCGAUGGCUAGAUCUGAAGACAGUAUGCAGAGUGGUCAGAAGCACAAGUGCAGGAGUCUGACCAUCUGGCUUUAAGUCCCAGCUCCAUUGCUCACUGGCUCUGUGACCCUGUGCAAAUUACUUAAUCCAUCCUAGCCUGUUUCGUCACCUGUGAAGUGAGUAUUAUAUCCUCUAGCUCUACAGGGUUGAAUGUUAAAUGACAUAACCGGUGUGACAUGCUAGCACCCACAUUAGCUCUUAUUAUAACUGAGCCUGACACUCGAGGCAGCGCUGCUGAAAGGAGAAGCUGACCCACAACAGGACGCGCUCUCACUAGGGCUCACUGUCUGCCGGGACCACCAACAAAUGCAAGGGCUGCUCCUUGCAAGGGGAAUAUGAGUGGACGACUGGCUUAGAGGUCACCUGAAGUUCCUGGGCCAGCAUCAGCCAAAGCCAGAGUGACCCAGGAGGCUCUCGGGAUCCCCUAAUAAAACACUGGCCCAAGGCAAGAAGAGGUUAAAGAUAAAAGUGCUGAGACGGAGACUUGGGGCGUGUCUCUGAUGUCUCUACAGGGUUGCAGUGUCCUCAGCCACCUAAGCCAAAGGCUUGGCCAUUCCAAAUGAACAGAUACUUCUGGAAGGAACUCCUAGGUAAUUGGGCCUGUGUAGAGCUGGAAUCUAGAAACCAAGCAGGGACAGUGAGAGGAACUAG